AUGUCUCAACGUGAAAACAAAAAGUUGUUGCUCGAUAAAAUCAAGAAGAAGAAAUUUUCGAAAAAUCAAAAUCGGAAUUCCAAAAGUAAGAAUGAAGACACCAAAGAAAACUCUUCCGUAGAUGUGGAUCCUCGUUUUGCAAUGAUGCAUAAUGAUCCCAAAUUCUUACCGGUUGAAAAAAGGACAGUAGUCAAUGAUCCGCGUCUCUAUGAAAUUUUGGAUCCUUCCUUUACCAUGCUCAAAAAGUCGAGGGAUGCAUCAGGAAGAUUCAAAGAACAAGCCAUCAAGAAUACUCUCAAAGAUAUUUACAACUUUGAGAAGGAUCCGAUGGCUCUAAGAGUUGCCAAACUGAAACAAGCCAAAAAGGAAAUGGAAGAAGAAGAAGGUAAAGAAGACUCCUACGAUAGCGACUAUGACAGUGAUGAUUCCAUUGAAGGAGCAAAAGAAAUGCUCGGAAAGAGCAAUUCCGAUAAAAAUUCAUCCUCCCUGAUCACUAAAGAGGACAUCUUAGCAAGUGAUGAGGAGGAAAAUGAACAAGAAGAGGAUGAAGAAAUGACCUUUGAUAAAUUUUUAGAAUCUCUCGAAGGAAGGCCCGAGUUAGAAAAUGUUGAAUAUAACGAAGAAUGGGAUGACCCUUACGAUUUUGAUGAUGAAGAUGCUACCAUAUUGAGAGCAGUAGGAACAAACGUAGAGGAAGUUGAGCCUGAAUUUUUGAAAGAGCAACAAGACUUGUGGGAUAAAUAUGUCGAGGAUCAAAAGAAUAUCAAAAUGAUUGAAGAUGGAAAUGAGACAAAAAGAUUUGCAGUGAUGAAUUGUGAUUGGAAUCUUAUAGACAGUACAGAUCUUUAUGUAUUAUUUUCAUCAAUGGCACCAAGUUCUGGAAGAGUAAUCUCAGUAACAGUUUAUUUAUCAGACUUUGGUAAACAACAACUUCAGUAUGAAGCUAUUCACGGCCCUGGAAGCUUGCACUACACUGAAAAAGAAAAAAAAAAGGAAGAAGAGUUCAAGAAAAAAAUUCAAGAAGCAAAGGAAGAAAAUAGAAAAAAUCGACUCGUGAAAAGAAGAGGCAACAAGAGUAGUGAAGAUAUCAAAUUGACUCAAACAGUAGAAGAAGCAGAGGGUGAUACAUCCAUGUUAGAUCCAGUGAAGGUGAGAGAAUAUGAAUUCAGAAAGAUGAAAUACUAUUUUGCAGUCGUUGAAUGUGAUAGUGUUCAGACAGCCAUUUCUUUAUACAAUGAAUGUGACAGCUUUGAAUUUGAAUCUACCUCUGUUGUGUUGGAUUUAAGAUUUAUUCCUGAUGAUAUUUCUUUUGAAAAUCGAGAAAUCAAAAAUCAAUGCACAUCCAUGCCAGCGGACUAUACACCAAAGCAAAAUAUCUAUUCUAAGGCAUUGAAAUCUUCUGCUGUAGAUUUAACAUGGGAUGCUGAUGACCCAGAACGAGAAAUUCUAAAGAAAGACUUUAAGGAUAUUAAUGAAGAGGCUCUUAUGAAAUUUAUUGCCAACUCAGAUGAUGAGUCGAGCUCGUCUUCUUCUGAAGAUGAGGGUGAAGAAAAUGAUCAAAAAGAAACACAAGAGGAUUUAGAAGAAAAACGCUUAAGAAAACAAGAAAAGAAGGAAAAGAAGAAAGAGCAAAAGAAAAAGUACAAAGAUUUAUUGAAAUAUGCAAUGAAAAAAGAGAAGGAAAAAGAACAACUACUCAAUGGUGACGCUUCUCAAAAUAUGGAAUUUGUUUUACAUGAGGGCUUGAAAGAUACUAUUCAAAAGGAAGUGGUCAACAAACAGAAAGAAAAAGAGAGAGUUGAAAAUGAGACAUGGUGGGAAACAGCAGAAAGAAGAAGAAAGGAAAAGAAAAAACAACAAAGAAAAGAGCGUUUGAAGAAAAUCUUGAAUUCUGAUGGCACAACUCAUGGAGACGAGGACGAAGAACCUAUCGAUGAAGAUGAUUUAUUGGCCGAACAAAAAUUGAAGGAAAGGGAGAAGGAAAGACAAAAGAAAAAGGAAGAAGAGGAAGAAAAAAGAAAACAAACUUUGGAAAUUAUUAUGGCUGAUUAUAAUGCAGAAAAGGGAUUCGAUAUUAAGCGUGACACAGAUAAAGAGAGAUCUAGACGAAGAAACAAGAAUCCAACGUUGUCCAAGAAGGACAGCGCUGAACCCAAAGAAGCACCCUUAAUUAUUGGAGAUGAAAGAUUUGGUGACGUUUUCCUUGACCCUGACUUCCAUCUUGACCAAACUCACCCUAAAUUCAAGAAAACAGAGAUUACAUCAAAGAUCAUGGAAAAGAGAAGAGAGGAAAGCUUGAAACGACAAGAAAAGGAAGAAUCUUUUUAUGCCAACCAGCUCAAGUCCAAGAAGCGAAAGCUGUAA